AUGGCUUCCAUCUUCCGAACAGCGCUAGUCGUAAGGCGGGCUGUAGCUGGACCAUCCUCCACCACCGCCUCCUUUUCAACUUCUGCCUCACGCUGGAUUGCGGACAACAAGAAUGAUGCUUCUCCUGCAAGAGAGCAUCGACCACGUUCCGCAGUUGGACCGAAUGCACCGGGUCAAGGGAGUUCGGUUCGACAUUCGAAAGAAGAAAACUUGGGUGUUGCACCCAAAGCUACUAAAGGGAGUAAGACGCAAAGAGAUGCAAUCAAUUCUGCUAUGGGGGUAUUAGAUUCUCUUGCUAGAGAUGUCGCUUCUUCUUCCCCACCCCCUUCCCCCUCUGCUUCUGCUUCUACUGAGGCUUCUAGCGCUUCUUCUUCCGCUUCGACCUUGCCCGGCACAGGUUCAGCUACGGCUCAGCAAGAUUCGCUGAUCCCCACACCUUCCUCCCUAGCCCUUGACUCAAUGGACGACUCGACCAAGGGACCCAUAUAUACACCUACCACUCUCCCACCAAAAUCGGACCCCACUCUCGAUUUUCUCACCAAUCUGCUCAUGAAAGAUGGGAAAAAAGCUCAAGCGCAAAGGUUCACCACUCGAACGCUCUCGAUCAUUUCCAACAUUACAAACUCUAACCCGCUCCCCCUCAUCCACGAUGCGAUCUCCCGAACCGCACCGCUCGUAAAGAUGCGAAGUAAAAAGCAAGGCGGGAAAUCUCUACAGGUCCCAGUAGCACUUACCAGGAGGCAAAGUGAAAGAAAGGCGUUGAAAUGGAUCAUCGACGCAUCUAAAAAGAGACCGGAUCGGGAACUGGAGAGAAGGCUAGCAGCGGAAAUCUUAGCAGUCGUUGAGGGAACGAGCAGUGCUAUUGGGAAAAAGGAGGAACAGCAUAAGAUUGCGACGGUGAAUAGGGCCAAUGCUUCCGUUAGGAUCUAA